AUGCCUGUUUUAUCAACACGAACAGAAAAGAAUUCAAGGCAACUACAAACCAAUGCAGAAGUCCGAAUGAUGAUUAAUACCAAAGAAAGAAGUCGCAGUCACGACAAGUCAUUCACUCUUUUCCGAUUAGGACAGAAGUCGUCUGCUGGAGUGAAGGAGUUCGCCGAAACAGGUCGAUCAGAUAUACUGGAGGAACAAAGUCAAGGAGAAGGAGGAGUGUACGAUGAAUUCAACGCACCACCGAUUACUUCCGGUGUAGGGAGGACCGAAACCGAGUUCUUUGUUGAUGGAAAUCAUUCAAAGGUGUCACUGAUGUCCCGAAUUGUGCCCUCACCGGACUGGUUCAUCGGCAUUGAUGGCUUCGACCUUUGCGUCAACGGGAAUUGGCUGGACAGCAUCACUAUCGAGAUAAAAGAAUACGAAUUAAGUGAAGUAUUCCAUCACGAAGAAGACGAACAUCAAUACGAAGUGCUGAAAAUGGAACAUUUGCCACACAACUCUAUCAGUGUCUUCAAUGGCAACAAUGAUAUUCAAACAGCUAUCGAAGAAGAACGAGAAGAACAAGAGCCACAUCCGAGACAAAAACCGAAACCAAGACCUUUGAAACAGUUUGCACUUUCAACGCCCUAUUCUACGACCCCAAUGAGAAAUAAUUAUUAUACUGUGGAUGACCGGAUAAGCCAACGAGACGAUACAGUAACAUCGGCGGCGAUUCCGGCCGUCGUACCGAGAGGAAACAAAAACGCCAUCAUGAAUAGCAUAGCGGACUCGUAUCUGGCACAUAAGGAUAAGAAGCACAAGAAAUACCACAAAGUUAAGAAAAGUUACCCGAAGAAAUUCCGUCCACCACGUGAUUGCCGAGUAUCCCAAUGGUCCCCUUGGAGCGCGUGCAGCAAGUCAUGCGGCAUAGGCGAAAUGCAACGUCGCCGAGAGGUCACCAAACACGCCAGGAGGGGAGGAAGACUGUGCCCGCCAUUGGUGGAGACGAAAUGGUGUGGAUCAGCAAGAUCAUGCAACAAACAGUACUUUAACUGGUAA